AAAAAGAAAAGUUGCAGAAAAUUUUGAAAAAAAAGGUGAGAAAGAAGAAAGAUGGGGAGCGAAGAGGAGAGCGCCGUGAAGGAGCCGUUGGACCUCAUUCGUCUCAGCCUCGAUGAGCGCAUCUACGUCAAGCUCCGCCACGACCGAGAGCUCCGCGGAAGGCUCCAUGCUUAUGAUCAGCAUUUGAACAUGAUUCUGGGUGAUGUUGAAGAGAUUGUUACGACAGUAGAGAUUAAUGAUGAAACAUAUGAGGAAAUUGUCAGGACCACAAGACGCACGGUGCCAUUCUUAUUUGUGAGAGGGGAUGGUGUCAUUUUGGUCUCACCUCCACUUAGAACAGCCUGAUAUCGAAGAUUUGCCACAGACUUUGAAGGCCUAAAACAAAAGGUUUCCAUGUGUAAUCAUGCAAUGAAACUGUUAUCUUUUGCUCCUCAAGAAAUUGGGUAGAACUUCUAGAUUUGUUAUGUAUUCUCUCUAAAGAAUGAUUGUUUCAACGUUUAUUCAUGUCAAAAAUUAAGGUAAAAAAAAUA